AUGGUUUAUCAACCGUGUUUAAAAUUUGGCUUUGCUUUAUCAAUACUUGUUGGUCUUCUUUCUAUUGCCGGUAUAACUGUACUGGUUGUUUUAUGGCAAACUAAAUUAACACCAUUUCAAGACUAUGCUGUUGUUGUUGAUGCUGGUUCAACACAUUCAAAAAUUUUUAUUUAUACUUGGCCUGCUGACAAAUCUGAUGGACUUGGUUUAACGUCUCGAGUAACACAAGUUAAAUCUUGUACUCCUGCUGGUGGAGCUAUUACAACAAUAAAAGAUCCAACAGAGACUAAUGUUGAAAAAUAUUUUAAUUCAUCUAUGCAUAGUUGUAUUGAUGAUAUACCAGCAAAUCGUAAAGAUCGAGCAUUGAUUUUUCUUGGUGGAACAGCUGGUCUUCGUUUAUUUGAAAUGAAAAAUUUGAGUUAUACCAAUGCUUUAUUAAACGGUACACGUGCUUAUUUUAGUACUCUUGGUCUUCUUUUUCGAGCACCAGAAAGUCAAGUUCGAAUAAUUAGUGGCAGUGAAGAAGGUCUGUCUGGUUGGAUAUCAGCAAAUAUGCUUAUGGGUGAAUUAUUUAAAAAUAAUAAACCAUUAGAAACCUAUGGUGUCUCAGAUAUGGGUGGUGCAAGUACACAGCUAAGCUUUAUUUCUCCCGAUGCUUUAUAUCAUCGUUUUAACAUGAGUCUCUUCAAUACAGAUUAUGAGACAUAUUCACAUUCAUAUUUAUGUUAUGGAGCUGAACAAUUUCGUUAUGUCUAUCUUGGACAAAUGAUAAAUGCAAUGAAUGGAUCACAGUUAAUCAAUGAUCCAUGUCUACAGAAUGGUUAUACACAAAAUUUUACUUAUAACACUAUAUUUAGUUUACCAUGCGUUCAAAAUCGAUCAGCACCAUUACCAUAUAUUAAUACAUCAUCGACAUUUACAUUCAUUGGAACUGGUAACUAUUCAACAUGUUCAAGUUUCGUACAAGAACGUUACAAUACGUCAGUCUGUACAACACCAAAUUGUAGUUUUGAUAAUGUUUAUCAACCAAAACCGAUUGCAUCAACAUUAAAAUUUAUUGCUAUCUCAGCAUGGUACUCGACAUUUAGAACUUUAGCUCCAAAUGUUACAUUAUCACCAGAUGGAAAUGGAAAUUAUAAUCUCAGUUCAACUAAUUUUACUCAGAUUAGAGCAGCUAUUAAAGCAAUUUGUGAGCAAUCAUGGUCUGAUGUGCCUCAACCAGACCCAUACAGACCACUAUUAUGUUUUAAUUCAAUGCAUCAUUGGACAUUAUUAGAAUAUGGUUAUGGAAUGACAAAUGAUAAUUUAAAAAAUUUUCAAAUUAUUAGAACAGUUAAUUCAAAUGAAAUCGGUUGGACAUUAGGUUAUAUGAUUAAUCAAACAAAUUAUUUAGACGCUCAAAGUCGACCUGAACGUUUAUUAACUAAAGCUGAAUUUGGUGGUUUAUUAGGUUUAUGUUCCUUUUGUCUUCUUGUCAGUAUAAUUAUAGGCAUUAUAACAAUGUAUCACAUUCACCAAAAUCGUAAUUAA